CCCCAAUUAGCCAGACCCCAGACGCACCAUGAGCCACAUAAUCGAGUCACCUUCUCUUUCCUCCUGACAGACUGAGCUGGAAGAAUACCGGUCGGCUUUUCCCCGCUCGAUAGGUACGCUCAGAGCGACCCACUGCUGACCUCGGCGCAUGUUCGCUUUUCCCCUCAUUCAAGUUGCGGGCCGGAUACCGUCGAAGAGGUAUACUACUUGAAGUGAGAUGUAGCGCGAUAAGCGCCUUGACUGAGACGGUGAAGGGCCACGACGCGCCCGAUCGACAAGCAAACCAGCAUCGCUAUCACUGCUAACGCCAGCGACCUGAACGACGAUGCCCGCCAUCACUAACUCAAUCACGCUGAACUCGGGAUGGGCGUGGAAGCGCCGCGGGGAGGGAGACAUACUCGAUGAGCUGAAGCUUGGGCCGGCGGAAGAUGCCGCACCCACAGACCCCGACGACCCCACAAAGCACCUCAUUGACGGAUCCGUCCCGCCCGACGCGCUCACCACCGCCUGGUACCCCGCGCGCACCAGCCCGAGCGAGAUCCACGUCGAGCUGCGCAAGGCCGGCUUCAUCCCGGAUCCCUACAUCGGCUUCAACGAGCACCAGGUGCAAUGGAUCGGCGACGCAGAGUGGGUGUACAAGUGCGAGUUUGGCGUGGAGGUGGGGGAUGUGGGGAGGCGGGGAAUCUUGGAGUUUGCGGGGCUAGAUGCCAUCGGGGACGUGUAUUUGAACGGGACCCGCAUCUUCUCCUCGGACAACCAGUUCCGGACAUGGGCUCAUGCGCUCGAACCCAACACGCUCAAACUUACGACUAACACCCUCCUCAUCUACUUCAAGUCCGCCAAAGCGCUCGCGCUUGCCGAGGAGGCCAAGUACGGGCGCGUACGCGCAGGGUCGACCAACUUGGGCGAUCCGAGCCGCGUCUACGUGCGGAAGGCGCAGUAUGACUGGAGGUGGGAUUGGGGCCCCGAACUCAUGACAUGCGGCCCAUAUCGCCCCGUCACCCUCACCUUCUUCGAUGCGCGCAUCGCGGAUGUGUUCACGAAGGCGAGCCUGGUGGGUACGCCGACGAGGGGCGCGCUCGCGAAGGCAACGCUGAGGGUGGAUCUGACGGUGGACGGGGUGGAUGCUACGAGAGUGAAGGUCGCUCUUAAGGAGCGCGGCGCUGGCGUGGAAAUCAAGAAUGUGGAGGUCGACCUGUCGAAGCUGAAGGGCGUCUCGACGGGCGGGACGAAGUCGUUGACGGGGGAUGAGCUCGUGAGGGAUGGCGCGAACGCCACCGCCUCGGACGUCGCCGCCACCGCUCACGGCGUGGUGUACAAGGAUGUCGUCAGCUGGGACGAUCUGGCUGUCAAGCCGUGGUGGCCGACUGGAUUCGGUGCGCAGGAUAUGUACGAGGUCGAGGUUGAGGUGUCGGGUGAGGACGGUACUGUCAUCGACACCACGACGAAGCGCAUCGGCUUCCGCUCCGUCGAGCUCGUGCAGGACGAGCUGAAGGAGGCCGACCAGUAUGGGGCUGGCAGCACGUUCUUCUUCCGCGUGAACGGGGUGCGGAUGUUCAUGGGAGGCUCCAACUGGAUCCCCGCGGACAACUUCCUCACGACGCUCACGCCGGACCGCUACCGCGCCUGGCUUACGCUGCUGCGCGACGGGAACCAGAACAUGGUCCGACUAUGGGGCGGCGGUGUCUACGAGCCGGAUUGCUUCUACGAGGCGUGCGAUGAUCUCGGUCUACUCGUCUGGCAAGACUUCCAGUUCGCAUGUGGCGUGUAUCCUGCGCAUCCGGCAUUCGUGGCCACCGUGCGGCAGGAGGUGGUGGACAACGUAACGCGGAUGCGUCACCAUCCGAGUCUGGCGAUAUACUGCGGUAAUAACGAGGACUACCAGAUGGUGCUUCAGUGGGGUGAUGUGGCGGCACUUCCGGCGCGCAAGCUGUACGAGGAAGUCUUCCCGGAUAUCGUAGGCGCGUUGACGGAUCCGCCUGUACCAUAUCAUCGUGGGUCGCCCUAUGGAGGCAAGGGCUGGGACACGGCGGACCCGACGGUGGGGGAUGUGCAUCAGUGGAACAUCUGGGGCGGCAAAGAGCUUCCCUACCAGGAGUACGACCGCAUGGGAGGCCGUUUCGUCUCCGAGUUCGGUGUGCCCGCCCUUCCCGUCAUGUCGACCAUCAAGCAAUGGAUGGGCUCGGCACCGGAGAGCGAGUACUACUCCCAGUCACCGAUCAUUGCCCAGCAUAACCGGGCGGGCUCAUUCGAGCGGCGGUUCGCCAUAGUGAUGAACGAGAACUUCCGCCUGACAGAAGAUCUGGAGACGUACGUCUACCAUACGCAGAUCAUGCAGAGCGACGGUGUCGGCUGGGCUUACCAAGCGUGGAGGCGGAAGUGGGCAGGACCGGGAAAAGAAUACACCUCGGGUGCGCUCGUAUGGCAGUCGAAUGACUGCUGGCCUGUCGCGUCGUGGGCGAUUAUCGACUACUUCCUACGUCCCAAGCCGAUCUACUAUACUAUGAAGCGACACCUGGCACCUAUCUCUGUUGGAAUCUAUCGCGAGGUGAUUCACAAUCGCCCGACAGACCGACCUCGGCAGUACUACGAGUUCGCAGCCAUCCAAUCGCACGGCGCAAAACUCGACGUCUGGGCGUGCAACUCCACCUUGGAGCCCAUCGACGCACGACUCGAGCUGCUCUGCGUCGACCUGCAAUCCGACUGGACAGCAACGUCUACGCACGACGUCACGUUGCUGCCGAACCGAGCGACAGAGAUUCUGGCUGGUAUUCCCUGUCCGGCACCGCCUAAGGAAGGAAAGACACCACCUUCAGGCGAUCCAGCAUGGACGACCAGUUGCACGGUUGUCGUGCAGGCGAGGAUUGUCGCGCGCCGUAACUCAUCCCUGGGCUCGGAUGGCGUGGUCCUUGCGCGCGGCGCCGACUGGCCGCAGCCUUAUCGGUACCUGCGUUUCCCGGAUCCUGGGCUGCAGGUAACGGUUGGCGAUGCGGGCGAGGAUGGAGCUCGGGAACUUGUGCUCAAGUCCAAGGAGCCGGCGAAGGGCGUGUUCUUCACUGUGGAAGAGGGUGGGGAACACCUCAGAUGGAGUGACAAUGCGCUGGAUUUGAUGCCGGGUGAUGUGCAGAAGGUGACGGUCUGGGGGUUGAAAGAGCCUGCGACUUUGCGGGUGGCAUACAUGGGUAGAGAGAAAUCACAAUAUGUAUAGUAAGCACUCUCUUGCACAAAAACCAGUUGCUUGUCCAGACACCCCGCUGCGUAUUGGUGACUCAAAAUGAAUAAUGACUAAUGUCACAUGUGAUUUACG